CUCCGUUGUCAAGGCAGAAUGGCUAUGCUGACCCUCAGCCCAGCUAGUUUUAACUAGGUGCCUCUCGUCGGUUUAUUUUUAGUCUGAUUUACGCCUGCAUCAAGGAUACGUGCAACAUGUCGCGAGUCCAACCAAGCGAAAAUAUCAAAGGCACCGUCCUCAUUUCUCCUCGCGAUGCGGGCAAUGAUCUCGAGCCUUUGAUACCUCAUCUGUUUCAUCGACUUAACUGAGUUCCUUUACGGAGUGACUGGCUAGUUAUCUGUUAUGAUAACUUGUUAACUAGUUAAACUAGCAGUUCGGCAGUUGGUCGCUGAUCACUGGUCAAAAUGAACAGCAAACCAGGGCCACCUUCACCGUCCCAACAGUGUUACAUCUGUCGCAAACGGAGAAUACGCUGCGAUUCUACAAAGCCGUCCUGCAAAAAAUGCGUCUCCAAAGGCGUUGAAUGUCCUGGAUAUUCUAGCCAGAGGCCCCUGGUGUGGCUGCAAGAUGGCGGCAACCAAAAUCAAUACCUUGGAGAGCAGAAUGUCAACCCUUCUGAACGGAAGAAGAGGAAGAAAGGAAGGCCCAAAAUGCUUGUUGCGACUGAUGAACCGGAUACAGUAAGCCACGGUUCCGACUCACAAAGCCUUUCUGUCUCGCAGUCCGGAGAUACGGGAGGGAGAAGUCAUUCGGGUUCUAACACGGUUGGCCUCUCAGCGUCAGAAUGCAUGGACGCUAUUGCCCCGAGUAUGAAGUUUUUUUUCCCUCCAAAUAUAAGUCUGAUUGUGCGCAGCCUGUGGUAUUUCGACAACUUUAUGUACCCCGAUCUGGACCCCAUUAUAUAUCGGCCCUGCGUACAUGCAAUGGACCCAACGAGCUGGCAAGACGGCCCAACCAAUCUCUUUUGGAAUAUACUUAUCGCGGUUGUGGCUACCCACAAAGCUGUGAGCUCGCAACCCACGGACCAGAUAGAAUUUAGCAAAGAAAUCUAUCAGUACAAAGAUCGGACUUUCAAAAUCCUGGCGAAGGACAUGACAGAUCCCAGGACUCGACUAGGCGACGUGACCUUGAUAUCUGUCCUGUCUCUUUUCAUGGCUGAGAUGCAGCGGUCGGCCAUGGGUGAAUGGUGGACCCAUUGCGAAGGCGCCAGGAGGAUAAUCGAUCUCCGUGGUGGUCUCAGAUCUGUUUACAUGCAGAAUCCAGGUCUAAGAAGCAACCUGGCUUACUUCAUGCUGGCCGAUAUUAUGAGUGCAACAACUGCUGCGGCGUUACCCGUGGCAGAAGCUACCCGGCAGCUGGAAUAUUGCGCGCUCAUACCUGAUAUGUUUCAAAACGGGUUGGAGACAUGUGUGAUAUGCCCGAACGAGCUUCUCGACGCCAUUAUUCAAAUAAACCAUCUCCGCUCCCUCCGGCACUAUGGCAUCCGGUCAAUCACAGGCACAGAUGAAACCGUAGGAAAAUCCAUCAUGCAAAGCAUCAUAUCCUUCCCAGUCUCCGAAUGGGCCGACAAGAUGUCCGCUCACUACUCCAAAACCGCAGCGGAUGUUUUAAUCGGUGAGACCAGAUCCGGCUUCAUCCAACCAACCAGGGAUGAUUGGAUUCAAAUAGCAACCAUGUACUACGCAGCCGUAUUACUCUACUGCAUUCGAAGCCUUGCCCUUGACUCCCUCGAAGAGGUGCUAAGAGUUCCCUGUACCUUGGGGUCCUCGGAGUCGAUGGUAUCCUAUGUAACCGUUGAAGAAACACAAGCCGUCGCGAGACAGAUCCUCUUCGACCGUCUCGGAAGCGUGUUGUCUCAGGGGAAAAGGGGCAAACAAGCGUUGGAGAAGGUCCUCAUUUGGCCGAUUUUUAUCGCAGGCAUUGAGGCGGCAAUGGAUCCGAGAUAUGCUGGUCGUAGAAGAUUUGUUUGUGAGGCUUUGCAUACUCUAAGCAGGUCACUAGGGACCCUAACGUUAAGGGACGCAAAAGUCUUUCUGUGUGGUUUAUGGAGUCGAAUAUCUAAGCAGGACGGUAACGGGAUAUCGCAAUAUUGGUGGGAUGAUAUAUUCAAAGGUGCUAAAGGAAGGUGUGCUUUUUUCAUGUAAAGUCUCCCAUGUCUUAGGCUAUUACAUCUAGUGCAGGGUUCGAGAGAAUAGACGCAUCGCAAUGAUGUUCAAAAUAGGGAGGUGUAAGAUAAGCAAAAUGGAAUCUCAAUUAACAGAAUCCCAUUUGAAAUGACAAAGGAAAAGUAAUCAUAGUUGGCAAGAAGAGCCUUAUUAAUUCGGUAUGUUCAUUUCCUUGAGCGUCUCAAUUGUUUUGGAGAUGACUUUCGCCAAUUCCACGCCCUUCUUCCAGAUAUCAUUGUGUGAUUCUUCCAAGUCGUCAAUAAUGAGCACUUCUCUCGCAUUAUCUAGGCCAUCAUGAGCCUUCCACCGUCCAAGCAACUCGCACAUAACCUUGAGUUGGGGUGGGUCGACGAGCUCAUCGCCUUUAGAGAUGGCAAGCACUGCCAGCCGGCCAGUAUUCCAGCCCUCAACGACUCCUCUAGCCUGUACUGUUGCAGGAGACACACCGUCCCAGACAUCUUCGUCCUUGCCAAAAGCAUCCUCGGUGAACUGCUGGUAGAUAGGAUGACUAUUUGUAUCCCGAAGGAGCCGUAGGUCGUAAAUCCCGGAGACUCCGACGAUUGCCAACGGGAGUGCGAUUUUGCUUCUAGCCGGUUCUGCACCUGCGAUUUCUUGCAUCACAGUCUGGAAUGCGAGAGUGGCUCCGCAACUGUGCCCAACCAGGACAUAUCGUUGGCCAAAGGAGUAUUUCGCUUGAAGGAACGCAAGGGCGCUGACGACGUCAGUGAUAUGGUCUGGGUGUUUGGCGUCUCUGUACUGCUUCGGGUCGACGGAUUCGGGAUCUUGAGGGAAGUUUGGAUGGCGUGUCAAGCGAUAGUUGAUAGAAGCAAAUCCAGCUAUCUCAGACGCAAUGCUCGGGUCGCCAUUGCAAAGCAUUUGUCUCGUGAUAUCGAGGCUCGAUGCUGGGAUCUCU